AUGUUGCACCUUGUGGGUCUCGGCCUUGCCGAUGAGAAGGAUAUUACUGUCCGUGGGCUGGAAAUUGUGAAGAAGGCGGACCGGGUCUACCUUGAGGCAUACACUGCUAUUCUGCUUGUGGAUAAGGCCAAGCUUGAAGCGUUCUAUGGCCGCCCUGUCAUUGAAGCGGAUCGUGAAUUGGUAGAGACCGGCAGCGACGACAUCCUCGCCGGAGCUGAUAAGGCAGAUAUUGCGUUCCUGGUUGUUGGCGAUCCCUUCGGCGCAACCACACACACCGACCUCGUUCUACGCGCCCGCGAACUCGGCAUCCAGACAAAUGUCGUCCCUAACGCUAGCAUCAUGUCCGGUAUCGGAUGCACCGGCCUGCAACUAUACAACUUUGGCCAGACCGUGAGCAUGGUGUUCUUCCUUGACAACUGGAAGCCCUCGUCCUUCUACGACCGCGUUCGCGAGAACGUCCAGAUCGGCUUGCACACCCUCGUGCUACUGGAUAUCAAGGUGAAGGAGCAGUCUAUGGAGAACCUUGCGCGUGGACGCAAGAUCUUCGAGCCCCCGCGUUAUAUGACCGUUGCGCAGUGUGCGUCGCAGAUGUUGGAGACCGAGGAGACCCGCCAGGAGGGUGUUUAUGGACCUGAUAGUCUUGCUAUUGGUGCUGCGCGGGUUGGUGCUCCGGACCAGAAGAUGGUUGUCGGUACACUGAAGGAGUUGGCUGAGGUUGAAAUGGGUGAGCCGCUGCACAGUCUUGUGCUGCUUGGUCGGCGGACGCACGAUCUGGAGCGCGACUUCAUUCGGCAGUUUGCUGUCAAUGAGGAGACCUUUGAUGCCAGCUACGCUAAGAACUAUGGGGCGUCUUCAUGA